CACAGCAAGAGUAAGAACAACUAGACAAGAACAAGAGAAGAACAGUAGCGACCAACAGGUACCUAAGAGCAUUAGCACGCCUUAGUAGUUCGAGAUCAUUCCAUGUAAUUUGACUGUUACUUGAUUUUCUGUAUAACAGUCAUCGACAAUAAUCUUCAAAAACUGUACCGCCAUGAUUUGGAACGAUCGUGAGAAGUAAUGCGAAUCAAAUUAUGCACUGGAAAUUUGAUUGUUUCCUAUGGAAGUGCUAGUUCUUUCAGAUGACCAUGCUGAAUAUUUGAGCAUAUCUGCUGACAAUUUUAUAUCAUAUUUUAAACUUGUGAUUUAUAAACAAGAUAUCAUCACUGAUUGCUUGAGCACCAGUUAUUUUUUGUCAAGAUGAAGUCAAUAAUUUUCUUAUUUUUCCUCUUGGUUGGAUUUACGGUCAUAUAUUUGUGUUCAUUGUGGUGGAAAGUUCAACCGUUGACUCCCUGUAAGUGUAAAGGUGUUCUGGAAAGGAAUGAUUUAUUCCCCCUUCAAAUCCAAGCCCACCAAGAAUUGGCAAAACUAAUAAAUUCAUCUAAAGAAAAGAACAGAAAGCACAAAGAAACGAAAUAUAUUAUGGGUAUCUCUGAAGAAGAACAAAAUAUUAAAGACAUUGCAGAUACAUUACAGAUACCAUGGAAACUAAACAUAUCGAAUGUGUAUAAACUAAGAAACGAGAUUGCAAAGUCAGUUCAUACUGAAAUGAUUCUUAACCAAAAUGAUGUCAAACUAUCUGAAAAUAUAAGAUACAUGAACCAGAAUAAAACCGUAACAAUAAGUAAAAAGUUUUACAACAUGCUACCAAAGAUAUCCCCUAUCAAAGGUAAUAAUAAACGAUGUGCUAUUGUGGGAAAUGGUGGAAUCUUAAGUGGAAGUAAAUGUGGCAAUGAAAUAGACAUGGCUGAUUUUGUUAUUAGAUGCAAUGCACCUCCAAUUAACCAAUUUUCAGAAGAUGCUGGUCUUAAAUCUAAUAUAACCACAUUUAAUCCUACGAUUCUAACACUUCGAUUUGGCGGAUUACGGAAACAAAUGCACCAUUCUUCGUUUAUCAAAUCAAUAAGGCAAUACAACAACUAUAUUUGGUUUCCAAGCCUCUCAACCGCCACGGCCUUUUCAUAUUGUCUAAAGGCCAAUGAUAUAGUAAAUCGCCAAUCUCCAAAAAAUCGAAAUAAUAUAACAGUGCUAAAUGGAAAUCCAAAUCAUUUCAGAGAAAUAAGCCGUUACUGGAAAAAUAAUUAUAACAUCAGCAAAACUAUUUCAACAGGUUUUUAUAUUACAACGUCAGCGCUUUUAUAUUGUGAAGAGAUUCAUCUAUACGGAUUUUGGCCAUUCUAUACGGACCUCAACAAUCGUCCAGUUGCCUACCACUAUUACGAAAACGUCAAAUUGAAUAGAUAUGUACAUUCAUUUGGGAAAGAAUUUAAAGAAUUAUUACGACUACACACUGACGGUGUUUUGAAACUACAUGUUGACAAAUGCUCUUUAUAAUCAAAGUAUUGUUACCUUGACCUGAUCGUCAGAUAGGCCCAGAUUGAUAAAGUAAUUAAGAUUAGUGUUGACUAUUUUCGUGGUUUAAUUUUUCUUAUUUUUAGUUAGUAUUAUUCAAAUUUAGAAAGUGAUAAAGUAGUAUUGAAAAAAUCUCAUUCAGAAUCUCAUUUAGUAUACACUGUAGCUCAAUUUCAAUGUAAUAUAAUUGACCUUUUAGCAGUUAUCAUUGUUUAAAGGGGGUGUCACGGUUAAAACUAUCGUCUAGCGCUAUAAUUUGCGUAAUUAUAAUGGAAGCAAUUAAGCAUGACCUUAAUUAGCGUAAUUAUUUUGUAAGGUGUACCGCCGUAUAAAAACAAAUUAUGCUGAGUCAUGCGACACACCUCAAACGGUACGAACUGCUUACGUUCACGUAAGGGGGUGUUGUCACGACAGCCCUCAAUCUAGAUGUUCAUUGUGAGUACAAACUCAUUAUUUUGUUUUAUUAAUAGUGAAUUGCUAUAAUUAUCAUAGGCUUAUCUAAAUGUUAAAUUUUAAUUAAAUGAAUGGUGAUUAUUAGCAAAUUGAUAUUAACUGUUAUAGUGCCACCUGUCCCUGUGUCUGACCGAUACCAUGGGAGUUGGAUAGUUAUGUUAUUCUAGCCUGUAUGGGUUACAAUAAACCGUCGGGAAGAAACAUUAUGUUGUGGAGGGCAAGAGAAGAUGCAUUUUUGAUUAUAUUUAUUAAAGGCUUUACUUUUAUAUUUUAAACUUGUUUCGCAUCGUAUUAUUAUUUCUGUUACCCCAUUAUGCCUCAUCACUACAGUUCACCUUUAGUGUGACAGGCGUCAUUAGAUUAAUUUAAGAGUAGUGUUAUUUAGUAAUUUUAGAAAAAUGCCUUAUGAAAAGUCAAAAUUAGAAUUAUAAGUAAAGCUUGUUUUUUAGUUCAUACUGAUUCCCUGUUCAGUAAUGAAAACUGCUAUUUUUAUGUUUAGAGAAUAACAAGGGUGAUGGAAACUACUUAAGUUAAUAAAGUAUUUGAUAACAAAGAAA